AAUUCCAGAAACUGCAAAAUCCAAAAUCCUCGGCUAUCGUACUCGUGGCUAAUUGUUGAUCUCAUUCUGCUCUGUAAGUGGAAGCUCGCCGGCCAGAAUCUCUGCGUGUGUUGACAUACGUGUUGGGCAUCAGUCGAGAUGGAUGUGGUCACCUUUUCCAACGCGCCGUCAAGAACAUCGCCCCUCGGCAUCGGCUCCGGCUACUCUGCGGGCUGGUCGCAGCCCCUCCGGCGGCGUCAUCUCUCUUUCGUCGCCUUCAAAUCAUCAGAUACGAACUCAGCAAAAACACUGACUAAAUCUAGGAAGCAGGCCAAGAGAGCCCAGACCAUUUCCAUCGAGUCUGCCUCCGCUUCCCCUGCAUCGGCUGCGGUCGCGGCGGAUUUGGACUACAGUGAGGUUGCGGAGGCGCUCGAGAACAUAUAUAAGCUGAGCCCGGCGCAGGAAUCGGAAAUGGAAUUGGAUUCCAAACUUGGUCGCGGAAGACACCGGAAGAAAAGGUGCAAGGACGGCGUGGAGAGCGGAGAAGGGGUUGUGAGGAACAGGAAGAGGAGGACGAGGCGACUGAGUUUGGAUGGGAGGAUUGCGCUGCAGCGUCUGCGGAAGGAAGAGGGAGAGUUGCUUGCAGGAGAUGGUGUGAGGGAUGAUGCCUCAAAGGAGGAGAAAGAGGAGUUGGAAGUUGUUAAGUUGUUGCGGGAAUAUUCGGUGUCUAUUGACUUGGGCAGUUUGGAUUGGAAGAAGAUGAACAUUCCGCCAGUUCUGUCACUGGCUGAGCAUAAUUGGCUCUUCAAACUGAUGCAGCCUAUGAAGGCGAUGCUCAAGGUGAAAAAGAAUCUGUAUGAGGACUUAGGUAGGGAGCUGACAAAUGUAGACUUGGCAGAAGCAGUUAACUUGAGCGUCACAAGAAUGAAAAGAGAGCUAGAAGUUGGUCAUGCAGCAAGAAACAAGAUUAUCAAGCACAACCUCCGUCUGGUCUUGUUUGUAAUUAACAAGCAUUAUCAAGACAUUGCAAGCGCUCAUAAGUUCAAUGACCUGUGUCAAGCUGGAGUGAAGGGACUUAUUACAGCCAUUGAUCGCUUCGAACCAAAGCGCGCUCUCCGUUUGUCUACUUAUGCCCUCUUUUGGAUUCGACAUUAUAUAGUUAGAUCUAUGACACUUUCAAGUUUCACUCGCGUAUCCUUUGGCAUCGAGGCGGUCAGAUUGGAGAUCCAGAAGGCCAAACUAGAGCUGGCAUUCAAGCUCCGGAGGCCACCGACCGACGAAGAGAUAAUUGAGAGGGUGAGAGUAUCUCCUGAGAGAUACUACGAUGUGUUGAAGGCCUCAAAGGCAGUAGGUUCUCUCAAUGGAAGGCAUGCGGUUACUCAAGAAGAAUUUGUUGAUGGGAUUGCAGACAUUGAUGGAGUGGGAGGUGGCAAGCGAAGACAGCCUGCCCUCCGUCUAGCUAUUGAUGAUGUGCUUGAUUCACUUAAGCCCAGGGAGAGCUUGGUCAUCAGACAAAGAUACGGGCUUGAUGGGAAAGGUAGGCGAACCUUGGGAGAGAUUGCAGGAAACCUCAAUGUAUCAAGAGAGAUGGUAAGGAAACACGAGCUGAAAGCGUUGAUGAAGCUCAAACAUCCAGCUCGACUCGAUUACCUUCGCCGAUAUAUUUGAAUCAACCGCAUUCUAUUCUCCUUAUAUACAUCUUCAGUUUGCCCAGACUACACUCCCGUUGAAUCAUUUUGGCAUAUUGAUUUGCUAGCUUCUAUGUAUUAUUUUACAGUUACAAAUCGCGAGUACAAAACUUGUAUGCCCAUUCAUGUGGAUGCUAUAUUGUGGAACCUCGCAUGUAAUAUAGUGUCGAUGUAAUUAUGUAAAGGUUACGAAAGAUAAUGGUAUAGCGUUUCCUUGUUUUUUUUU